GUUAGCUGCUAGCGCUACGGAAAUUAGCAAGUAGCUAGCGGUUGUAGUGUCGCAAAAAUAUGUGUAAGUAGACUUAGCUCGCCGUCACGUGAAUGUGUUGUUUGGAGUAAGACAAAGCCUCGUUGCGGGACACAUAAGCGGGUCAUGUAAACGACCACAGCACUUCACCGGUGUCUGAGUCUCGCGCUUACUUCACGGCUGGUCACGUUAGCACACUUGCGUCGUUUGACAGCAGAAUCCGCGUGAACCAGCUAACAAGCUAACAGCUAACGUUAGCCGGCUAGCUGCUACACAUCGGAGCUAACCGAUUAGCUACCUGUUUUGCUAAAGUACUCUGGUGUGGGUCGCGAACGCAGUCUGUGCAUGCCCAGAACGACAGCUGGACUUGAAUCAUGUGCUGUUGAUGAUGGUCAGAGCAUAUCUUGGAGCAUCAUCUGGCCUUUCCUGGUCUAUCUGACCAGCUGUAUAUUAUUACUCUCAAAACAAUCCGUCAUCUCUGCUUGGUAAAACUAUGAGCACUGACUCCACCCAGCCCACCAGGGCAAUAGUCCCCUUAAAUCAAUUUCUUCAGAUGAUAUGAUAGUAGCUGCCUGGAUCGCUUUCUGUGCCUGCAGGAGCCUUGGAAGGGUUCUGCGUUUCCUUUCAUCCUCAAACUCCCUUCAUUCACUCUGGAAGACCCUUGCCAGUUUGGUUUCCAGCACUGGAACCAUGGGUAACAGUUGUGUGUGCCGGGAGGAUAGUGAUGUGGAGGACCAUCAACCGGGGGCAACAAGGGUAACCCGAGGGCAAGCUAGACGAGUGGACCAUGGUACAGGUGUAGGUGCUGACCCCGGGGAGGCCCGGAGCAGUAGGCCAAGGGACCCAGUCAGGCCUCCACGCCGAGGUCGAGGGCCCCAUGAGCCACGGCGGAAGAAGCAGAAUGUGGAUGGCUUGGUGCUGGACACACUGGCUGUCAUCAGGACACUUGUAGACAAUGACCAAGAGCCUCCUUACUCCAUGAUCACUUUGCAUGAAAUGGCAGAGACAGAUGAUGGUUGGCUAGAGGUUGUCCAGUCUCUCAUUCGAGUGAUCCCAUUGGAUGAUCCACUUGGCCCUGCAGUGAUCACCCUUCUGUUAGAUGAGUGUCCUCUGCCCACCAAAGAUGCUUUGCAGAAACUCUCUGACAUGUUGAGUCUGAGUUCAAGUGUAGCACAACAGGAUGCUUUAAACCCUGCUAAACACAGAAACACCACAGCUGUCCUGGGAUGCCUGGCUGAGAAACUGGCUGGACCAGCCAGUACUGGACUUUUGAGCCCAGGAACCCUUGAAUAUCUUCUAGAGAGCCUGAGUUCUGAGGCCCAUCCGACUGUCAUGCUGUUUGCUCUCAUUGCUUUGGAAAAGUUCUCCCAGACCAGUGAGAACAAAGUGACGGUGUCUGAGUCAUGUAUCAGCGAUCGACUCGCUGCCCUGGAGUCAUGGGCAGAGCAACCGGAUUACCUGAAGAGGCAGGUUGGAUUCUGUUCACAGUGGAGCCUUGACAAUUUAUUUCUUAAAGACGGUCGUCAAUUCACCUACGAGAAAGUCAACCUCACUAAUAUCAACGCCAUGCUCAACAGCAAUGAUGUCAGCGAGUACCUCAAGAUUUCCCCCACUGGACUAGAGGCACGAUGUGACGCCUCGUCCUUUGAGAGUGUGCGUUGUACCUUUUGCGUGGAUUCAGGCGUUUGGUACUACGAGGUGACGGUCAUCACAUCGGGCGUGAUGCAAAUAGGAUGGGCCACUAAGGACAGCAAGUUCCUCAAUCAUGAGGGUUAUGGAAUAGGAGACGAUGAAUACUCAUGUGCGUACGAUGGCUGCAGGCAGCUCAUCUGGUACAAUGCUCGCAGUAAACCUCACUCUCACCCCUGCUGGAAAGAGGGAGAUGCCAUUGGCUUCCUGUUGGACCUCAGCAAGAAGCAGAUGAUCUUUUAUCUGAAUGGACAUCAGCUGCCACCAGAGAAACAGGUCUUCUCUUCAGCCACGUCGGGAUUCUUUGCUGCUGCCAGCUUCAUGUCGUACCAGCAGUGUGAGUUCAACUUUGGGGCCAAGCCUUUCCGUCACCCACCUUCUGUCAAGUUCAGCACCUUCAAUGACUUUGCUUCACUGCUGCCCAGUGAAAAGAUCAUCCUACCCAGACACCGUCGUCUGGCCUUACUGAAGCAGGUUAGCAUCCGAGACAACUGCUGCACACUGUGUUGUGACGUCAUGGCUGACACAGAGCUGCGGCCCUGUGGACAUGGUGGUAUGUGUAUGGAGUGUGCCUUACAGUUAGAGACGUGCCCCCUGUGCCGCCAGGACAUCCAGACCAGAGUCAGACUCAUUGCACAUGUCUCCUGACACACUUCCUGCCCCUCCUCUAGUAAGGAGAGACAUGCAAGCCCUACAGCCUCUUCCUCUAGUCCCCUCUCAUCCAACAGGGCUACGAGGACGGUGCCACACCGCUGUGAUGAUGAUGAUGAUGAUGAUGCCAGACCUGUGAGUUCUGGUCAGAGGAACGAUGAAGAAAACAAUAGAGCUGUGGAGAGAAGAAAGAGAGGAUAUGAGAGGAGGGGAAUCGAACCACAGCUGGAUCCCCAGGAGCAUUCCCUCAUUUACCCGAAUCUCUUCAUGUACAUCCUUCUGACAGCUCACUACAGAAGCUGGGUCACAGAUAGUCAACUUCUGCAGCAGGUGUGAGGAGCAGAAUCAUAUUUACCAGAUCACAGACUGUUCCAGCUUCUCAUCUGCAAGCCCCUGCAUCGAGUUACGAGACAUCCUUUCAGACACAAGGUAGCCACUGCGCUUUCAGCCCAGGGGCUGUGACUAUUUUAUCCCAUCAGCCCACACACAGACACACAGACACACACCCACCUGCUGAUCUGAAAGGGCAGGGUAGCUGGGAAGAGCACAGUCUGUAGUGCAGUAUUAAACCCAAGGUACAGAUAAAUUUGAGAUGUAUCACACGAUCAUGUUUUCAGGUAUAGAUAUGUGACUUGUGUUGUCGUUGACGUAGCAUUGUCACUCUCCUUUCUCUCGAGGCUUCACUGUCUGUACUGAUUUAUCAUCGAGUGGCAGAGGUUUGUCAAGAGAUCCUACAGUUUGCUCUUGUUGUCAGAGAACUUCACAUUUGCAGGAGUUCAGUUGUCUGAUUUGAUCCAGUUUACCAAUGAUGUUUAAAGUUUAAUUGACUGUCAUCUAAAAGAGAAUGACAGGUGUUGAAAGAGGUAAUAACACAUAUUUUACAACAGUAAAAAAAAAAAAAAACACAUACUUGAAUCUGUAUUGGGACGAAGUAAUUUUCACUAUGGCUGACCCUGCUGCUUUUUGUGCUGUAUUCUUUUGCUGAGAUGUUGAUAUUUAAUCAUGUACAUCACAACCACAACAAAUAAAUACACAGAGAUUAAAAUCUACAGAAGGUUAAUCUGUAAUUGAAAUGUUUACCCCCCCAGCUUUAAAUCCAUGUGAUUGAGGAGGAGCUAGUUUGGGGGAAGUAUGCACACACACCACCCUCGUAAUUUAUUAAGGAUGGCUUGAUUGCAGCUGUAUAAUUAAGUCUUAAUUUUAGUUUGUGAUAGCAAAAGAUGUGCGUCUGUAUUAAGAUGACUAUUUUCAAACUAUAAGAUGUUAUUUAGUUUUGUAAGAGAUGUGAUGGUGAACACUGGCAACUUGCCCUUGGAAGUGCAGCAGGUUUGGUUUGAUCAGGAAAUUCUCGAAAAACAAAAUGUGAAUCAUUUAAGUGAUUUUGUCUUUCCUCAGUAUCAAUAUACUGAUUACAUACCAUGUUAUUUUUGGUCUGAAAUUGGCAAUGACGUACUUGAAAUAAAUGAGCAAGGAAACUAACUCACAGCACAGUGAUAUGACCUCAACUGAGAGGGCAAGAAAAAAAGUUUUCAUUUGCUUCAAAUCAAAGCACACGCUGAGUGAUCGAUCUAAUCUAAACAGGUUUGCCAGAUCUGUGGCCACUGACUGAGCUAUAGAAAGAGUAAACCUCACUGAUGUCAUUUUGCCAUUUUUCCCCAACAUCUUCAGCCGUAGAUUGUUCUAUAUCUGUCUUUUCUGUCUGUUGUUUACUUGAAGCAUCUCUGAGUUGACUCAGUCACAUUUGUCUAUUGGAAACCGAUGACACGAUGAACACGAGGGAGAUUGUGAUUCAAGAAAUGUGUUUGUGUGAUUUUAAAAUGAAACAAAAUCACUGACAUUUCAAAUCAAAACAGAAUAAUUAAAUGUAUUUUGGGCAACUUUUUUUUUUUUAAUGAAAGAGUUUCUACUUGCCCAAAUUGCAUGAGCAAGAUCUGCAUAAUCAUUCAGACUAUACUGGAACAAUUAAAACAUAACAUGCAUCUCUCAGUAUGACAAAUGACUUGUCUGUUCCCUGUUUGCUACCCUGUAUUUCCUGGAGCACCUUAUACAUGCAGGUGAGAGAAAGUAUAUGGUAGGAGAUGAACUUUGUGAUUGUAAAGAAUAAGUUGUGAGUAUUUAAAACAUCUAGAAAGGAAUUUUUGCCCCGGAAUUCCCAAAGAUGUGAUUUAUUGACAAAUUGUUGUUUCCUGAAUUGUGACAUUUGUAAUAAAUGUGUGUAUGUAUGUGA